AUGACACAAAGAAGACUUCUGAGCAAUAACAAUUUUAAGGGGAAGAAAACUACAACAACAACCUUGCUCGUUUUGACAAUAGACCAGUUUGUAUUUGAUGGCUGUGACAACUGUGAACCGUACCUGCAGCUGAAAGGAAACAAGGACCUUGUCUAUGACUGCACAAGUUCCAAUUUUGAUGGAGUUGUUUCCAUGAUGUCACCAGAUGACAGCUGGGUGGCCAAAUGGCAGAGGAUAAAUCGAUUCAAACCUGGUUGUUACGCCAUAUCAACAACAGGACGUCUCCCACCGAGCAUCGUACGAGAACUGAAGACACACGGCAUCACCUACCGGUCCAGAGACACCAGCCAGAAGACAUAAGACUGGCAACGACACAUGUCCGGCAUAUCAGAUUUAAGACCUAACUUACAUCAUGGAAGAAAGAUCCUCACCCACUUCUCAGUGUCUACAGUACUGUGGACCUGAAAAUAAGCUGCAUGUAAUGAGAAAUGUGUACUUGUAGAUGGUUCCUUUAUUUAAUAUUUGUUCAUAAGGAAACCUGUCAAGAAUGUGUAGUACAUGUAUCUUUGUCAACAGUAAGUAUGAAGGUUGUAAAUGCUCUGUAAAACCAUCAUACAAGUGACUGGACUUUAGUGUUGUGGCGAACAUGUAGUACUGUGCUGUGCUGUUGUAAGGCCAUCUCAGUAUGUACUACUAUAGAGUACAUAGAGACAAUAUGUAAAUUGUCAUGCUUUGCUUUACCUUAUAUUUCAUUCCAUUAAACUGUAGCAUCAUUAAGUUA